AUGCUUUCACUGGCGGCCCGUCGGACAGUGCUCACACAGAAAUGCGCAGCUUCCACAUACAGUGGUCUAACAUCGGCGGAUUUUUUGAAGAAAAAGACGAAUGAGCCAAUUUUGGAGUACAGAAAAGGAAGCAAAGAGAGACAGGACUUGGAGUCUGCUCUUGCGCAUUAUAGCAAGAACACCACCGACGUUCCACUGAGAAUUGGAGACAAGAAAAUCACAAACAAGUUGGAAAAGAAGCAAGUUAUUCCUUCCGAUCAUCGUUCAACACUUGCGCGAUACACUCAUGCCACCGGAGAGCAGAUUCAAGAAGCCAUCGAUGUGGCACUCCAGUCGAGAGUCGCUUGGGAGAAAAAGCCACUCAAAGAGCGAGCUGAAGUUCUGCUUCGUGCCGCCGAUUUGGCAGCUGGAAAGUACAGAAUGAAGUUGAACGCCGCCACGAUGCUCGGACAGGGAAAGAAUAUUGUGCAGGCUGAAAUCGACGCCGCUUGUGAACUGAUCGAUUUCUUCCGAUUCAACGCCGUGUUCGCCAUGGAACUCGAGCACUACGAGCCAAUUUCCACGAAAAUCACCAAAAACACAAUGCAAUUCCGUGGAAUGGAAGGAUUCGUCGCCGCCAUCGCGCCGUUCAACUUCACAGCCAUCGGAGGAAACUUGCCGACUGCUCCAGCUCUCAUGGGUAAUGUCUCCCUCUGGAAGCCAUCUGACACUGCUGUUCUCUCAAACUACUUGAUCUAUGAGCUCCUUGAAGAGGCUGGAAUGCCUUCUGGAAUUCUCUCUUUCUUGCCAUCAGAUGGACCGGUGUUUGGUGACGUCAUCACUAGCUCUCCACACUUGGCGGCUGUUAAUUUCACUGGAUCCGUGCCAACCUUUAAGACAAUCUGGAGAAAGGUUGCUGAGAAUCUUGACAACUAUGUGACUUUCCCAAAGUUGAUCGGAGAGUGUGGAGGAAAGAACUUCCACUUUGUCCAUCCAUCGGCCCACAUUGACGCCGUCGCUGCUGGAACCGCUCGAUCUGCGUGGGAGUAUUCUGGACAGAAAUGCUCGGCAUGCUCGAGAGUCUACGCUCCGAAAUCAAUCUGGCCAAAGAUUGAAGCCAAAAUUGCGGAGAUUCACAAAGAAGUCAAGCUUGGAGACGUCCGAGAUGGUUCUGUCUUCUUGUCAGCUGUCAUCGAUGACAAGGCAUUCGCCCGUCUGAAGUCGUACAUCGACUACGCCAAGACUGGAGCAGAUGGAGCAAAAAUCCUGUUGGGAGGAAAAUGCGAUGAUUCAACUGGAUACUUCAUCGAACCCACACUCAUUACUGUCACAAAUCCACAGAGCAAACUUUUGACCAAGGAAAUGUUUGGUCCAGUGGUCACUGUGUAUGUUUAUGAGGAUUCGAAGGUGGAUGAAGUGCUGGCAAGCGUCAAGGAUGCCACUCCAUACGGAUUGACAGGAGCUGUGUUCUCACAGGAUAAGGAGUUCUUGUACAGAGCCCGCGACGUCCUCCGAGAUGCUGUUGGCAACAUGUACCUCAACGACAAAUCCACUGGCUCCAUCGUCGGACAACAGCCAUUUGGAGGCGCCCGAAUGUCGGGAACCAACGAUAAGGCCGGCGGACCACACUACGGACUCAGAUGGACGUCGCCACUGACGAUCAAGGAGACUUCAGUCCCACUCACCGACUGGAAAUACCCAUCUAUGGAAUAA